CAUGAGGACACCUGCAAAAGAAAAGAUCUCCAGGAUGAUUGUGAAAAAAGCAUUUAAAACAUCCCUGAUGUUUAAUGAAUCCUCCAACAUGAAAUUAAGUGUGAACAAACAAAAAAGCGUCAAAAUGCUCCCGAUCUUAGAGGCAAUUUUGAUGCUUAGUCUUGUUGUCCUCGUGGCUGUUAAUUUUAUGGAACAAGAUGUCACAGUUGAUCCUGAGGGAGAAGAAACAGUUGUCAGCAUUUAUCAAAAGGUGGAGGAGGAGCAAGACUUGCACGAGGAUCACCUGGGAAAGAGAAUAACUGAAGAGGACUCUACCAACAGAUCCAAUGAUUCUUGCAGCUUUGAACUUGUGGAAAGUGUUCCUUAUGACCUACCUUUUGAGAUAAAUAGCACGGCUGCCAAACCCUUGUACAGAGCCUGGAUGAGUCUCCUUGAUAUAGCCCAGGAAAAAAUUCACAUAGCUUCUUACUACUGGUCUCUUACUGGGAGAGAUAUCAAUGUCAACGAUUCCUCUUCAAAACAGGGUGAAGAUAUCCUGAAGAGGUUUGAAAGAUUGCUUACAGAGAACGUCUCUGUGUAUGUUGCAACAAGUAUGCCAACUUUGGCUACAAAUUCAACUGACCUUGACGUUUUAGUGGGAAAAGGGGCUCAUGUUAGAAAGAUCAAUUUUGGACAUUUGACAAGAGGUGUGUUGCACAGCAAAUUCUGGAUUAUAGACAUGAAACACUUAUAUAUGGGUAGUGCAAACAUGGACUGGAGAUCUUUAUCUCAGGUGAAAGAGGUCGGUGCUGUGAUAUACAACUGCAGCUGCUUAGCUAAAGAUCUCUGGAAAACAUUUAGUACUUACUGGGAUCUUGGACAUGUUAAUGCCACCAUCCCAUUCCCCUGGCCUCUUAAUUAUUCUACCAACAUUAAUAAGUAUCAUCCUCUGGAAGUAGAGGUUAACGGAACCUUGACAAAAGCCUAUUUUUCUGCUUCUCCUCAUACGUUUUGUCCAAAAGGUCGCACCUAUGACCUCUUUUCUAUUAUCAGUAUUAUCAGUGAGGCAAAGAAAUUUGUCUAUGUUUCUGUUAUGGAAUAUUUCCCUACCAGCCGUUUCAUUCAUCCACAAAGAUACUGGCCAGUCAUUGACAACGCUCUGAGACGUGUGGCAUUCAACUACAAGGUACAAAUCCGACUUCUGGUCAGCUGCUGGGCCUACACUGACCCAGCCAUGCUCCACUACCUGACAUCGCUGCGUGCUCUCAACAACCCAAGUAUCAACGUCAGUGUCAAUGUGAAACUCUUCAUUGUUCCAGUUCUGAAUCACACAAACAUUCCUUAUGGGAGAGUGAAUCACAACAAAUACAUGGUCACUGAUAAAGUAGCCUAUAUUGGGACUUCCAAUUGGUCAGAAGAUUACUUCAUUAACACAGCUGGUGUGGGAUUAAUUAUCAAACAGAAUUCAACCAACCUGCAAAGACAACUGCCUAUCCAGGAACAACUGAAAAAGCUUUUUGAGCGAGACUGGAAUUCCAAAUAUUCUGUGAAUUUGGAAGAUGUGCAUGGGCAGAAAGACUGUAACUGGAGAGGUAGAUCAUGAUGUGAGUUAAAAUGUAAAUUUAAAAUAGAAACAAAAUGAUAUUUAAAUCUUGUUCCCUGUGAACUUUAUGUCUUUGUCAGGGAAAUCGCUUCCUCAUAGUAUCCAAAUUGUUUGCUGAUGUGAGAACUUCUCGUAGUUGAGUCUACCCGCAUAAUCACAAGUCAGUGUGAGAUAUUUUCUUUGCUGUAUAUGAUUACCCCAUCUCAGAGUUAAUGUAAUGUAUACGUAAUUAUAUGACAAGCUAUCUGAUAUCAAAGCGGACAUGGAAGAAAUAACAUGUAUUACAGAAACAGAACAUUAUUGCUGUGUUGUGCUAUCUAAGGAAGCUUAUAUUUCAACAUUAAUG